AUGGCUACAAACAACAAACACUUUCUUGUGAAGUACGGUGAGUGCAAGCAUAAUUAUGCAGCAAGUGCGAUGGGCUAUGCACUUGAUGGUUGUGGUGAGUUUUGUCCAAAUGGAAUCCCUGAAUCUUUGAUCUGCGCAGCUUGCCAUUGCCAUCGAAGCUUCCAUAGAAAAAUGGAGAUGGAGAUUCCUGUCCUCUCUAAAAGUCACCAUAACCAUGGUACUUCCCUUGUCAUUGUUGUUCCACCAACUCCAUCUCAACAACAGUCAAGAAUUCAUCCUCGUCAAACGUACGACAAGAACAACGUUGUUGCCACCCACCACAGGGAGCAGAGACAACGGAGAUGGGCGGAGGAGAGAUAG